ACGAUGGCUUGAGCAGAAGAGACUCAUGAAAGACCGCAGAGUGGAGCUGAGGAGACUGAAGCCGGGCAGGACUCGGAAUCCAGGAGGGGAAGUGGCGAGGGACCGCUGGGGACAAAGGGGAAGAGCUAGAGAGGCCCCCGGAGGGUGCGGGGCUGAAGCUCGGGGCGGACCGAGAGACUAAGGACAAUCCGCGGCUGACCGGUGGCGCCGCGAGUCGCCAAGUCCCCCAGUGCCUGCGCCCUUCCUGCCCUGAGACCCACGAGCCCUUUACUCAGUGUGAGGGACUGGGGGCGUGGCCGACGGCGAGUCUUUCUUAGGCUGUGCGGGCGCUGGCGCUUAGCCACGCCGAGACCCUUGGGGAUCUACUCCUAAACCAAUAGCUAGGUAGGGACCCCAGGCAAACUCGGCGAGCACACGUUGAGCCUCAGCCUUGCGGGUGGAUCGGUAAAGUUCUAGGAAAACUUUGGGGCUCUGCUGAGAGGCCCCUCUCUGUUCCCUCUGCCUCAGGAUGCCUCCCCAUGUCUACUGCGCUCCAGUCCCUAGGGCCUCUCUCGGACUCGUUCUUCCAAGAACAGGUGUUGUUAGGACACAGUGCUGCUAAGGGUGUGGCUGUUCCUAGCCCUGACUGUGGACAGUCCAUCCUGGCCACCUUCCACAGGAAGCCUGACCUGAGGGACAGAACAGGAAGGAAGCAGGCUCCUCCAUGCUUGAACUUGGGACCACCUUGCCUGGAUAUCAACCAAACUUCAGACUGGCCUGGGUUUCGGACCCUCCUGCAGCAGCUUCCUCCACAGGACAGUGAUCAGGAGCGCUACUGUCUGGCCCUAGGGGAAGAGGAACUGGCCCAACUUCGACUCUUCUGUGCCCAGCGGAAGCAGAAAUCCCUGGGACAGGGGGUGCUCCGUCUGCUGCCUCCCAAGCCUGAAGGACACACCUGUGAAAAGUGCAAGAAGCUGCUGAACCCAGGAGAGUGCGGCGUGUUCGCGGCCAGGGCUGGUGAGCGGUGCUUCUGGCACAGAGCCUGCUUUGCCUGCCAGGCCUGUGGCCAAGUCCUGAUAAACCUCAUCUACUUCUACCACAACGGGCACCUGUACUGUGGCCGUCAUCACGCAGAGCUGCUACGUCCCCGAUGUCCGGCUUGUGACCAGCUGAUCUUCUCCCAGCGCUGCACUGAGGCAGAGGGCCGGCGCUGGCACGAGAACCACUUCUGCUGCCAAGACUGCGCCGGGCCCCUGGGUGGGGGAUAUUACGCCCUGCCGGGAGGCAGCCCAUGCUGCCCCAGCUGCUUCAGGAGCCGCUACAGAAGCGCAGGCUCCAGCUCAGUAGACGCACUGGAAGGGCAAGCGUCCCUUGGGGAAGAAGGACCGGGUCCAGGCGUCGGCUGGAACCGUGCCUCCUCGCAAGACAAGAUCACCUCCCGAGCUGCGCUUCCCUCGGCAGGCGCCAGCCUCACCUUGGAAACCCCGAGCGGGGAGUCCAGAAGGCCGGAGAGAGACACUCCGCAGGCACCCGGAAACCCCAGAGUGGACAGCCCCUGCCCCACCUGCUCCUCUUCCUCAGAGUCGGAACCCGAAGGCUUUUUCUUCGGCCAGCGCCUUCCAGGCCCCUGGAAGACCCCCGGACACCUCCGAGCGGGUGACGGAGGCAUGUCCAGGAAGCACUGCACCGUGUGUUAGUGGCGCGGCCCGAAGAUCGGGACGGUGGGACGGGGGGCCUGUGGAGCGGGUGAACAGGGCUGUGCUGUGGGAAGACCCAGACUGAGGGCGGUCAGGCACGUGGGGCCGUCCCGUCCGCACCGCGCGCUCUCCGACCUGAAGGG